UUUUAUUAUUAGUAUUAUUAUAAAGCAUCAUGUCAAUCACAUGAUUUAUUUCCUCACUUCCUUGUCCUCUUAACUGGGGCUUUGUCACCACUUUGACAUAAAGUAAUAAAGACGGACUGAGUUAAUAACUAAUACCACCACAUGAUUUCUGUGCAGAUGUAGUGGAUUGAUAAAGGCAAUAAAACAAAGGUUGCAGGUACAGUACACACAGAACAUCACUGCAGUAGGAAUUUAUUAAAGGUAAUCGCAGCCAAAGGUGACCAUCGGAAAAAACUAACAAGCUCCUGAGGCAACACCAUUACUGCAGUUACCAAACCAAAAAAACUCAUCUUGUCUCGAAAUGUGAUUCUGUUUUUGAUAGAUUUCAGUGAAAUCACUGAUUUUACAACAACGUCACUGUAGAAUGUCACACCCGGGUUUCUGGCGGCAGGUUUGAUAUUUGCAGAAAGGGGUUUGUGAUAUUAUUAUUUUUUAGAUGCAUUCAAGUCCUUUUUCACUUGUGGAAAACACACAUUGUUUUCUUCAUCGAGGAGGGUGUUUAGAAAAAAAUAUUAGUUGCACAAUGUGCUUAAAGUUAACUCGACAUUAAGGAUGUUAUGGCAUUGUAUGUGAAAACAAGCACAGGAUCUAAUGGAUGUUUGUUCAAAAAAACAAACAACUACCUUGAUCUUAUCUAAUUGAAACUGAUGGAAAACUCUUACUCAGCAUGUGUAGCGUAUAAGAUACUGGAACAACGAUAACAUUGUUGGUUCAUUAAGACAAAACCUAUGUCUUAACAAUGGCUGUUAUUUGAGGUUAAGUAUGUUGGUGAAUUAUUCUUAAUACUUUCAUUGAUUAAGUUUAAGAGGAAGUAAUCGAGAGGUUUUAAUGUGAAACCAUUGCCCAGUGGAAUCAUUUCAAACUCAAUGUUCCUUGAUUGGUUGAUUGUUAGUUACGAUUCAACGGCGAUAAGCUGCUAUGAAACGAGACCCGUAGUCACCCCAUUGUUGGAUAACAUAUUGAUUUACUCAUUAAAACUUGGUGUAAUCAUUUGCAAAGGCGCCAUAAAUGUGUGCACUGAGGUCCUUUAUCUCCAUGGCCACGAACACAAUCAAUCAUUAAUGUUUAAUAAGGAAAAGAGGCUGGCUAUAAGAAUCGACUGCAGGCCCGGCGGCGAUAGCAUCACUUAGGGGGGGGAAAGGGCAAACGGUACGGAUGUAAGGGUGAUCUGGUGCGUGACUAAACUGGAACUAAUUGAGCGGUCGAAACAGAAUAUUAACCAUGUAGAUUUUUUUGGGUUGUGCUGAUGCACUUGAAGGAAGGGUGAUGUUGACAUGAUGGUGCAGUAAAGAUUUUUGAUUUUCUCCCGUAGUGAUGCACAGUGAGGAUGGAGGACACUGAAGACGGGAUUGCAGUGGUGGGCAUUGGAUGCAAUUUUCCAGGGGGAGAAGGGCUUGAUAACUUCUGGAAGGUUCUUGUGGAUGGAAGAAACUGCUCUGUGCCAGUUCCUAAAAAGAGGUUUGACUUGGAGAGCUGGUAUGACCCUGAUGACAACAAAGCGGGUAAAUCCCGAACAGUCAAGGCUGCUCUUAUUGACGGGUUCAAUGAGUUUGACCACAGGUUCUUUGGCAUCAGUGACAGUGAAGUGGAACAAAUGGACCCCCAACAAAAACAGCUCCUUCAGUGUGUCUACAGGGCUUUGGAAAAUGCCGGUGUUCCCAUGGAGAAGGCCAGUGGCACCAGAACUGGAGUGUUCUUUGGCCUGAUGAACAGAGAUUAUGAAACAAAUGCUGCACACGUGCACCCGAGUGUGAUCAACCACUGGACGGGCACAGGGCUUGCCAUGAGCAUCGCAGCAAACAGGGUCUCGUACAUCUUCAACUUCACUGGGCCCUCACUGUCCAUCGACAGUGCCUGCUCGUCCUCCCUUGUGGCUCUUCAUCUUGCUUGCCAAUCCAUUAAGCAAGGUGAUUGCGAAAUGGCCGUUUGCGGAGGAGUCAACUGUAUCAUAGAGCCAAGAGUGUUUGUGGCUCUCAGCAAGGCCAAGAUGAUCUCGCCUGAAGGGACCAGCAAACCUUUCUCCAACAGAGCAAAUGGCUACGGUAGAGGGGAAGGCUGUGGGGUUGUUCUUUUGAAGCCACUGAAAAAGGCAAUACAAGACCAUGACCAUAUCUGGGGUAUUGUCAGCAAAACUGCUGUCAACCAGGAUGGACACUCGGUCACUCCAAUCACCAAACCCUCCAUGACACAACAAGAGGAGCUGCUGCGAAGAGUCUACUCAGAGUCGGACCUCGCAGAUGUCCAGUACAUAGAGGCACAUGGCACUGGAACCCCAGUCGGAGACCCAACAGAGGCAGGAAGCAUCUCAAACGUCAUUGCUAAAGCCAGACCUCGUGGUUCAGAGACACUGCGAAUUGGCUCUGUGAAGAGCAACAUUGGACAUACUGAAUCUGCAGCUGGAGUGGCUGGACUCAUCAAGGUUCUCCUCAUGAUGAAGCAUGAGACCAUUGUUCCCUCCAUUUUCUACUCUGAAGAAACCUCCAGUGUAGAUGCCAAAGCCCUGAACAUAAAAGUUCCUAUGGAAGCAGAAGAGUGGGAAUCCUCUGGUGCAAGAAUCGCAGGGGUGAACAACUUUGGAUUCGGGGGUACAAAUGCACACGCUGUUGUCAAACAGUACAAACAGUCACACAUACGGCAAAAGAAUGAUGAAACACAACCAAAGUACUUUGUCAUGUCAGCAAAUUCAACAAAAUCUCUCUCCCUGAUGAUGGAAGACACCAUUAAGGAGCUAGAAGCAGAUAGUGAAGUUGAUCUAGAUUCUCUGUUGUACACCUCAGCUUGCAGAAGGACCCAUCUAAAACAUAAAUACAGAAAGGCCAUCAGGAUAUCAUCCGUAGUCGACCUUAAAGAGAAGCUGAGUGUAACUGUUGGGAAAAAUAUCAGCCCAUCCUUCUCAGAUCCAAGGUUAGUAUUUGUCUUCUGUGGAAAUGGCGUCACUUACCAUGGCAUGUGCAAGCAGCUCCUGGAGCAUGAGCCUGUAUUCAGAAAUAAGAUCAAAGAGAUUGCACAACUUUUCCAACGGCUGAGUGCGCUCGACAUCCUGGACACACUUGAGAGUGAGUUUGAGAGUAGUGACUCUAAAAACCCAGACGUUGUCCAACCAUUACUCUUUGCUAUCCAGGUCGGCAUUACCACUCUACUCAGGCAUUGGGGCGUCAAACCAGAUGCAAUACUUGGACACUCUGUAGGUGAGGUAGCAGCCGCUCACUGCUCGGGCCUCUUGUGUCUUGAGGAUGCACUAAAAGUCAUCUAUUUCCGCAGCAUUCUUCAGCGCAAAGUCACUGGGGGGAAGAUGCUUGUGAUCAGCAACAUGGCUGUAUCAGAGGUAACUGCUCUUCUCCCCCAAUACUCUGGUAGAGUUUGCCUUGCUGCUUUCAACAGUCCACAGUCCUGCACCAUUUCAGGUGAUGCAGAAGCAAUCGAUGGCAUCCAUAAAGAGCUAAGCACCGCAGCGUAUAGUCAGAAUUUGUUCCUCCGUGUGCUGGAUGUUCCUGCAGCGUACCACAGCCACAUGAUGGAUCCAAUUCUUCCAGAAGUCAAGGAAACAAUUGGCCUCUUACAGGUGAAUGAUCUUGACACAGAGUUGUUCUCCACAGUGACAGGCAAGGAAAUCCAGCAGGGAGAUUUCUGCACAGGUGAAUAUUGGACAAGAAACAUUCGUGAGCCAGUAGCAUUUGAGCAGGCAGUGAGGUCGGCAGCAAAAGGAAAGACAAAAACAGUCUUUGUAGAGAUAGCGCCAAGAAGGGCGCUACAAAGGAACAUCAUUGAAUCUCUGGAUAGUGACACAGUUGUUCUACCCUCAGUGCAGCCAGAGAAAGAUCAUGAAACAAUCAUGUCUGUCGUUUCUAAGCUGUUUGAACUUGGUGUUCAGGUAGACUGGAACACCUUCUACAGAGGAUAUGAGACAAUGCCACUUCCAUUCCCGAAAUACAAGUUUGAUUGCUCUGACAGAGAUGUUAUCAUUGGUGCGGCAAUGAACAACACAGCAAGUAAUCACCCUGUGCUCUGUCUGACAGGAAGUGAGAGCAACAUUUUCAGCUGUGAUCUGCGCUCAGACUCUUCUUUCUACCUGAAAGAGCACAAACACAACAACAUACCCAUCAUCCCUGGUGCCUUCUAUGCUGAGUUGGGUUUAGCCGCAGUCAUGGCCAGUGCCAAACCAAAAGUACCACUCAACUCACUACAGCUCAGUGUCAAUUUCCAUAGUCCAUGUGUUUUAACCCCGAAUUCACCUGAAAUGAAGGUGCAACUGGAACAAACAGAAAAAGAAACCAGUUUCAAAGUAUUCUCCCCUUCUGCAGUGUAUGCAUCAGGCACAGUUGUUUCCAAAAGAGAGAGGGUGAUUGAGGAGCAGUGCAUUUCACUAAGCUCCAUCUACAAAAGAUGCAAAUCUGUAGUGAGCUCUCAGGAGUUCUAUGGGUACCUAUCUCAAGGAGGGUUUCAAUAUGGAGACGUCUUCAAGAACAAGGGAAAUGUACACUAUGGGGAAGAUCUCAAGGAAGCUUUUGCAGUUGUCGCAGUUCCAGAGGAACUACAGUCUCAGUUGCAUGACUACUGCAUUCAUCCUGUUGUGUUGGAUUUUCUGAUGCAGCUUCUUCCAGUUACAGUAGAGCAUGUUUUUGCUGGUAGACCAGGCUUCCCUUCCAAAAUAGGAAGUUUGACAGUGUUUGAGCCAUUGCAAGAAGAGAUGACUGUCUAUUUGAGAGCAACUGAUGUGGGUAUUGAUCACUUUGAGGUAUGUGGCUGCUUCGCAGAUAGAGAAGGCAGAGUGCUGGUUGAGGUUAAUCAUGUGAUAAUCAAGUAUCUGGGCAGUCACACUCAUGUAGUCGAGGAGUACUUCUACCAUAAUUCCUUCAGCGUCAUCCCUGAAAGUAUCCCAUCUGCUCCUUCUCCAAAGGCCUUGGUCUUCUGUGAUCAAAUAGGGAUUUCUAAAGCCCUGCAACAACAUUUGGACUCGAGAUCUCAAUACAUAUCAUUCACACAUGCAAAAGAUAUUUUGAGCCAUGGCUUCCCCCCUCUCAUGGCAAAACUCAAUAUCACAGAUAUUGAGAAAAACUUUGAUGAGGUUUUGUUUUUGUGGGGCAAAGAAAACCUUACUUCGCUGCCAGCUGAUGUUGUUCUACAGAAUUUAGUGAGCUGCUGUGAGAUUUUCCGUCAAAUUGUCCUUGAGCUCAAGCAGACUCACUUCCCACACUCUAUUAGAGCAGUAACCCACUGUUCAUCUGACAUCACGGUAGACCACAUAAAUCCAGGUUUUGCUCUUGCUGGUAUGACCAGAUCGUUUGCUGCAGAGAUACCAGAUCUUUCAUUUCAGCUAAUUGAUAUAAGCACCAUCUCUGCUAAGGACAUUGCAGCUCUGUCUGAGGUCCUACAAUCAUAUCCUUGCAGCAAAUACCCAGAGUUGGUGGUCAAAGAUGGGCUGAUCUUUAAACCUUCCAUUGUCCAUACUCCACCAGAAAUCGUUGACAGUUCAGGGAGAGGUUUUACCCCGACAAUGUCCGAGCCUUGCAUCUUUCAGACAGCUGAUGCACAUAUGAUAACUCAAGUGAGUGCCAUUCACUUGUACGAAGAGGGCCUGCCAAUCGGUGAUAAAUCAGUUGAAAUGUGUCCCAGUAAGAUAUGUGUCCAUUCAUCUGAUUACUUCCCUGUGAGUGAUUCAUAUCUGAAAUUUGGCCACACACUAUACUGGAACAAAUAUUCCUCACAGAAUCAUAAGCUGCUGGCUCUUGAUUUCAGUGGCACUGUUACAGCAGUUGGUAAAGAUGUCAAGAAACUAAAAGUGGGAGACCACAUUGCUUCAUGUUAUCCUGUGGUGGCAGCCAGCAGGGUCAGAGUGCCAGAGGGUGUAUGCUACAGCACCAGACAAUUCCCAUUCCUUCAAAGCACACCCUGUGUUUCCUACUAUGUGCUAGCAUGGGAAAUCCUGCAUCGAGCCUUGCCGAGAGCCAAACAUAAUCUAGGAAUCAUAUCAUCUGUCCCAGACUCUGCUCUGAUAAAAGUCUUGGCAAUUACUUCGUACAAAUCUGGCUGGAAUGUGGUCAUAGGAACACAGUGUAAUGGUUCUUUUGUAGAUGUCAAACAAAUGGAUACAUUUGUCAUCUUGCCUCCAUUUGAUGAAUCCCUGAUUGACAUAAUUUGCCAUUUUCCUGAGGUCCAACAUGUUGUCAUUAUCUGUGAAUCUCAGAUGCAAGGUUUGCUUGCCAGGGACAUGUUCAACAGUGUAAAGGAGAGUGUUCACGUGCAGACAAUCCAGAUGCCAGUCAUUUUGCAAAAGGGAUCCUUGCUUGCACAAAGGCCACAUAUUUAUCACUGGCUCAAGUCCUUGAAGUUUAGCAGGAAAUUUUCUCUUAAAAGCUAUGCCUUUCAGAGUGUGAAGUCUGACAGCAGAAAGAAAUUUAAUAAUCAGAAACCAGAAUCAUACUUCAACUCAAAGAAACUGUCUGUUGUGGCUCUGGAAAAAGCUGACAGCAGUACUCUGUCGGAGAUUCCACUGCUACCAACAAAAAAACUGCUUUUCCGAAAGAGAGCGGUGUACAUAGUGGCAGGUGGUCUUUCUGGUCUGGGCUUUGAAACUGUCAAGUUCAUCUCCCAAAGAGGGGGUGGGUAUAUUGUCAUACUCUCCAGGAGAACGCCCCCUGCAGAUGUGCAGCAAGAGAUACACAAUAUAGAGAAUCAGUGUGGAAACUGCAUCACCAGCAUGGAGUGUGACAUAUCUGUCUCUGAGCAUGUGCACAGGGUUAUCAGUGACAUUGGCCAGAAGUUCCCUGGAUGUCCAGUUAGAGGAGUGUUUCACAGUGCAGUUGUCUUGCAUGACGGGCUGAUUGAGACCCUUGACAAAUCUCUCUAUGAGAAGGUUCUCAAACCAAAAGUGAACGGUGCCCUAAAUUUGCAUUAUGCGACACAACGCUGCCAGUUAGACUACUUUGUGUGUUACUCAUCCAUCUCUGCUUUUCUGGGAAACGCAUCUCAAACCAACUAUGCAGCAGCCAACACAUUCCUCGACAUGUUCUGCCAUUACAGGCGCAAACUCGGACUACCUGGACAGUCUAUCAACUGGGGAGCUCUGAACCUCGGUCUCCUCUUGAACAAGGAGCACUUCCAGAGAUUUCUGGAGGCAAAAGGGAUGAUGGUGUUGGAUGUGGCUGAAAUUCAUAAAAGCUUGGAGCAAUGCCUUGUGCUCAAUCAACCCCAACAAGCUGUGUGCAGGUUUCACUUCAGAAACAUCCGGUUCAACGUCCUCUCUCAAAAUGCAGCCUUGACCAUGCGCCUGUCUGCGUUGGUUGAGGAGGCUUUCAAAAAAUCUAAAGAAAAAGACUCUCAAACAAAACAAGCUGAAUGCGUCUCACCGAAAGAGUAUGUCACCUCUCUCCUUGCUGAGACCAUUGGUAUGGAUCAGAGUGAGCUAAGAGAUGACUCACCUCUCUCAUCCUUAGGCAUUGACUCCAUGCAGGCCAUGACUCUGCAGAACCUGAUCUUUCAGGAGAGAGGUGUGAAUGUGCCGUUGGUGAAACUGUUGGACCCCAAUGCCACAUUGUCAACUGUGAUAGCUAUACUGAGUGAAGGAGCUGAGGCUGAAGAUUUCAGUGAUAACCCUGUGAUUAGUAACCCCACUGAAGACAUGGAGGAUCUUUCAACCAGAUUUUAAAAAUGACAAUGGCAUAAAUGGAAUGCGUACAUGGUAGUAGCACUUAUCAGCACAUCAUAAUAGUGGAACAGAAAAUAUCAUUUAUUUCAAUAGAAGGCUUAUAAUGGCCAUUGCAGCAGCAUUAUAGUGUUAAUGCAACAUCUUUGUAUUUCUCUUUGUAUUGUAUUUUGACACUUUUGUCGUUGUUAUUUUUUGUAAAUGUUUACCCUUGUUUAUUGUUGUAGAUUUACAUUGUUUUACAUUGUUAUAACCACACACAAUAUUUUACUAACCUUUGCUGAGAAAUGCCCAAUUUUGUGAAUGUUUUUGAGUGCUGUGUAUCACUAUUUUAUUAAUUUUGCUUAUUUAUAUUGUUCAUGAUGAAAAUAUGAAAAUGGUCAGCGUGAGAAUUAAAUACAAAAUGUACGAUGUAAUGUAUUCAAUCUAUACUGUAAAUAAUGUAUAUAGAGAAUUACAUUUCUAUCAUAUUAUUUCAUUAAUGUUCAUAAAAAUAUAUAUACAUUUUCAAAGCUCAUCUGUGACGGGGUUCAGUACACAUAACGCAGACAUCAAUUCAUUUUUAUCUGCCUGUUUUACAUUUACUCGUCUUUUACAGGUCAUGGUCAGUUCUUAUCACUGAAAGCUCAAUGAUCCUUCAACUUUAUAAUGAUGAUUGAAAAGUUGAUACAGUUUUCUGGCAUGCCCCAUAAAUGUUGACUUGGCAGUAUGUAUGAUUACAGAACCUUUUAUGUUUGAACUAUUAAUCUAUUUGUUGUAGACAAAAACGCUGUUCUUCUGGUGGACAUUUCCACCACAGGGAAAGACACCAGUAAAUUUACACCAGUGUUUUCAGUAUGGUAACUGAUGUAAAACAGCUCCAUGCUACAUCAUAAUAAACUUUAAUAGUCAUCAUUGUUAUUUUGAUAAUGUGACAUUUUUUUUUAAUUUUUAAUUUUGUUUCAUAAGGACAAUAAAUGAAGCUGCCAAUUUCUCUAUGUACUUGA